AUGUGGAGGAGGCAGGGACGGCCGCUGAGGCAAGAUGGCGGAUCACGCUGCAGGUCAAGUGCAGCACUGGUAUCCGCAUGGUGCCGGGUUUUCUGUGUUGUGGGUUGGUAUGUAUUCGCGCGGGGAGCCCUCAGCAAGAUCAAGAACAUGCCCUGCGUAACGUAUUCGCACCGCAGGGCUGGUGUAUGUUCAUCGAAAAACCCGCCAUGGACUUUGGUUGGCGUUGCUUAUCUCGCGAAGGAUAGGAAGACAAGCUGUUGGCCGCAGCGACUGUUGUAUGCUCAUUAAUUUUGUAUGUCUAUUUUCAGUCUACGUAUGGAUCUUUUGGCUCCAGGCCCACAGUCUUGUGCUUCUGCUGCACUAGAAGAACCCACAACCGAAAAAAAGCUCUGCCUUGCAUAGUUUGAAUCCCGGAUCGCUUCGCGGAAGCGUUUUCGGAGCGCUUACGCGGGAGCACUCUUCUGGGGGUCCUCUCCGCCACGAAGCCCCGUCGCGCGCCGCAGUAAAAGACAAGUAGAAACUGUCCGGACACCUUGCAGCCUCUUCGUGCUGAAGAUGCUGCGUGCUUUGCGGGUGUAUGUUGAGUAUCCAAGCAGACUCAGUGUGCGUUUCGCCCGCGCUUACACUUUUGAUUUCUACUACAUACAGGCCUUAGCUCUCACCUCUUUUCACUGCAUUUGCCGACAUUUCUGCACAUUCCCCCGUGCUUCGCAUAUGCGUUGCGUCUUGCUGUACAUUUGCACGCUGGCCCUGUUCUCGCUUGAGCAUAGAACUGCAGAUGGAAAGAUGGACACCCAUACGCGCGCUUGCGUAUUUUGUGCCUAA